AUGGCUCUUGUUCUGAAUCUUGGUCAGUUUAAGAGUUUCCUUGGAACGUCUAAGAUCUUGGGCAAAUUUGGUCCAGGAAGGAGGGCGCGAGAGAGAGCGAGGGCAGGGCGCGAGAGGGAGCGAGAGGAGUUGUGCUGUGCUAGAAACAGGGAGAACGAGAGGAAGAGAAAGAAGCGCGAAGGCGGAUUCUGCGAUCAAAUUGGACGCGGCAAGUACGGAGGCGACAAUCGAGGAUGCGGCAAAAUUGAACGACGUGGUUUACCCCGAGCUCAACGAUUCGUACACUGCCACAUAUAUAACCAGAUAGAUUCAAGCUUUACAACUUCGAGCAGUCGAAGCAACCAAUCCACACCGCUCUGCCAUUGUGGAUUGCCCUGUACGAUUAAGACCUCUUGGACACAAAACAAUCCGGGUCGGAGAUUUUAUGGCUGUCCAAGAUAUAGGAUGCAGGAGAGUAACACUUGUAAUUAUUUUGGGUGGUACGACCCACAAUUUACGAGCCGGAGUAUCUCAAUGGUUAAUGGUUUACUAGAAAGCAAUAAUAAGUUGCGGGAAGAAGCCGCAGUUGCAGCAAAAAGAAAAAGACGGAAAUUGACCAUUUUUGUCAUGUAUGGGAUAGUAAGUGGGAUAAUGUGGUCAUCCUGCUAUAACUUGUGUGGCAAGGGUACAUGA